AUGAAUUCUAAUGAAGAUAUGAAGGAUAUUCAAGAAAAAAAGUAUAUACUCAUGACCUUAAAAGAAGAAUGGGAAAAGACAGAAAAAAAUUUAGCAGCGCGGAAGAGUUUAACAAUAGCACACCUUGUGGUAUCAUUAAUCACAAUACUUACUGGAAUAUUCUUAUAUGUGAUUGCGAAACGUAGAGAUGCCGAUAAACUUUUAAACAUUAUUACGUCGAGCAUCACAGCCACUGGUGGAAUCCUAGCUCUCGUAAAGAUUAUUGGAGAAUAUGCUAUGUCAAAUAAGGAAAACAUCAAGACAUUGAUUCAAGCUACUAGAACUGCUAACAGUGAUCGUAAAUUCAAAAUAGAAUCCAUUGAAUUAACUCAAGAUCAAAAAACUGGACUUAGACGUCUUAUGUGUGGAUUAGAACUAGACAUUAAAAGAGUAGAUACUAUUAAUUUAAACUGCAAAACUACAUGA